CAUCAACUUCUGUUUAUUUUUGUAUAGAUUUUUUGUGUUUUCAACUCAAAUUUUUGGAUUUAGCAAAUUUUUGCCAAAAAAACUUCAAAUCACAAUAGUUCGGCACGAUUUUUUUUUUCUGCACUGAACUAUUUAUUAUUUUGCAUCAAACACGAAUAUUGUGUUGCAUUUGUUGAUAAAUUUGAUUAAAAGGUGCCCAGCCUUUUUUUGUCUUUAUUCACCUGUUUUACCAAUUGCAAUAUAAAUGCUUGGAAAACCAACAAUCAGAAUGCCCGCCGCAAUCGAUCCGAGCAUUGUAAAAAUAGCCGUGGAAUUGGAAAAUCAUACCGCUCAACUCAUUGAGUUUGACCAGAAAAGUACGCUAACAGUGAUAAUACGGAAUCUUUGCCAAAAUUGGGACAUCACGGACGAUGAAAAUUAUGCAUUGCAAUUUUGUGAGAAUAACAAUCGGAAUUAUGUGACGGAAAAGAAUCGAAAUGAAGUGAAAAAUGGUUCGGUGUUGCGAAUGUGUCAUUCGGCGAAAAAAACGUCACACGACAUUCUGGAAACACUCAAAAUUGGUUCGAAUUCAGACAAAACUCGGGUGCUCGAAAAUUUAGCAUUGCUCAGUUCAGAUUUAACGUUUGCCCUUGAGUUUAUCAAAGAGCAGGGCCUUGGAAUUGUUAUUGCGAUGAUUGAAAAUGAACAAUGUAUUGGAGAGAUGUUAAAGUACAUGAUGUUAUCGUUUGUUGAAUUGAUGGAUCAUGGCACUAUUUCGUGGGAUAUUUUACAACCAAAAUUUAUCACACGUAACAUUUAUUUUAUCAAUCAUCCGUCAACUGUACCGCCAGAGGUGAUUCAAUGUGCUUUGUCCACGCUGGAAAAUAUCAUACAGAAUAGCAGUAACUAUUCGGCUGACAUUGAAAAUGACGUUCCGUUAAGUAGUUUAUUGAUUUUAUUGCAAGACGCUCAAUCUCAAAUCAUCCAACAGAAUACGAUUGCAUUGAUAAAUGCUCUAUUCAUAAAGGGCGACGAUGGUCGGCGUCAGUCGAUUGCAAACACAUUGAGCACAAAACCAUAUCGGGCCGCAUUUUUGGACACGGUUGGCAGCGCAAACAUUGGUAUUUCACAUCAAUUGUAUGUGCUGCAGACGUUAACGCUUGGUUUGCUGGAGGAACGUAUGAUGUCGCCGAUGAAUCCACAAGAUCAAGAGGCCAACGAUAAAGUGAAAGAAUUGAGACGUAUCGCAUUUGAUGAGGGCAUUUUCAAUGAAUCGCAACCGGACAGUGUUCACAGACGCAAUAAUUCCAUCGGCGGUGCUGGAUAUUACAAAAAACUUGGUUUCAAAUGUGAUUUGAAUCCGGCUCAAGACUUUAUCGAAACACCGCCAGGAAUAUUGGCUUUGGAUUGUAUGCUAUACUUUGCAAGAAAUUAUACGCAACAAUACACAAAGGUUGUACACGAAAACAGUUACCGUGCCGAUGAGCAUGAGUGUCCAUUUGGUCGAACAAGUAUUGAACUGGUCAAAUUGUUGUGCGAAAUAUUGCAUAUUGGUGAGGCGCCAACGGAACAAGGUCAAUUGUUUCAUGCAAUGUUUUUUACUCACGAUCAUCCAUUCGAAGAGUUCUUCUGCACUUGUAUCGUGAUUUUGAAUCGCACAUGGAAGGAUAUGCGUGCAACGAACGAAGAUUUUUUGAAAGUGUUCAGUGUAGUUCGUGAGCAAAUAACGCGUAGCUUGAAAGAGCGUCCAACCAAUUUGGAAGAUUUUAAAUCGAAAAUCAAUUCGUUUACCUACACAAAAAUAACACAAUUGCGUCAACAAGAGCGUACAUCAAAAGAAGAAUGUGAAUCGACGGCAAGCUCAAUAGUAAAGCUGAAGGAGAAAAUAACGCCUGAAAUUAUCGAUUUGAUAAAAGCACAACGUUUGGGAUUUUUGGUGGAAGGCACUAGAUUUUCGAAAUAUUCACGUGGCGCACGAUCGAAAGAUAAAUUUUGGUAUGCACGAUUGAGCCCAAAUUAUAAGGUCAUUCAUUAUGGUGAUUGUGACGAGAAGACUGUGCCCACCCUCGAAGAAUUGGGCAAUAAAAUUCAAGUGUAUGAAAUAAAGCAAUUGCUGAUUGGCAAAGAGUGUCCGCACAUGAAGGAAAUGCGCUCACGCAAAUCGGCUAUCAAUCUUGGAUUUUCGAUUACAUUCGACAACAUGGACCAUUCCACAUUGGAUUUUGUUGCACCCGAUGAAACUGUCUUCAACUAUUGGACGGAUGGCAUCAAUGCAUUGCUCGGCUUACCAAUGGUUAGCAAACAGAAGGAUGAAGAUUUGAAAACCUUGUUGUCAAUGGAAAUUAAAUUACGUUUACUCGACACUGAAGGUGUUGAUAUUUCACAGGAACCACCGCCACUUCCAGAAGAACCGGAAAAUUACGAUUUUUGUUUUGAAAACUAAAUCGCACACUGCCAAAGCAUCAUUUCGAUUACCUUCCAAUAUAUACCAAAUUUUUCUUCAAUCAAAAUAAUUUAUAUAAGAUAAUAUAUAUCAUUUUAUCCAUUAUUGAAUGGAUUUAGUAUUUUUUUAGAGCCAAAAAAAAAGAAUAUUUUUUAAAACCAAUAUUAUAUAUGGCAAAGUUAGCAAUGUGUCCAAAAUAAUAGCAAUAAUAAUGAAUACUUUCUACAACGAACUCCAUCAACGGAAACAAAGCCAACAUUGAUAAGAAAGUACACUCAAGGAAUGCUCAAUGAAUGAAUAAUAUAUUAAAUUUAAAAAUGGAAAGAACAUAUUUUUUAAGAAUCAACAUUAUUUACAUUGUAUUUUAUACGAGGCCAAUACCUAAAUUGGUUCAUUUUAUAAAUAAAACCAAAACUA